AUGUAUACUGAAAUGUCGACAUCAAAACCUGUCGAAUGGGUCAUUUCUUUAAUAACAAGAUUUGAAGAUCAGUUGCCGAUGAAAUGCGGGGAAUUAACAUCAUGUAUGCGUCUAAAUUUAGAACAAAAUAAGCAUUGUCAAAUUUCAUUGAGUCGAUAUAAAUUUUCAUUGGUUAUCAAUGGAUUAACAGACAUUUUGAAAACAAUCGAUUCAACAUUAUUAAAUGUGGCAGGCGAUGGUGUGACUGUUCAGCAUGUUCGACAAUUAGCAUCACAUGUCCUAUUUGCAUUAAGUGUCAAUAAUUUCAGUACACUAUUCUUCAAAGUGGUUUCACGUUUGAAAUGUUUGAUUGCAUCGGGGGAUGAGACAUGUGAAGCCGGUGACUUGGAUUUAAUUCAACAUAUGAAUGUUGAUAUGAGCAAACUAACAAGACUUUUAAAUGAAGAAGUACAAAAAUGGAGAUUAUUGAAGAAGAUACAUCAUACGGAGCUUGUUAAAAGUGUAGAAAAGUUUUUUUAUGAUCAAUAUACAAAACAAGAAUUACUUGAUCAAUAUUCGAAAUCUGAAAUAUGUUUACCCUUAGCUAUUCGUGAACAAUUAGAAAAUGAAUUUCGUCAACAUCGAUUAGAUCUAGAAAAAGAACAUGAUGAAAGAAAUUCUCCUGAACAAAAAUUAUCUUCAUCAACUACACAAAUCAAACAAACUGAUGAACUUUAUCGAACAGCAGGAUGA